AUGAGUGAUGGGAAACACUGGUGUGCCACCACCAGCAACUAUGACACGGAUAAGAAAUGGAUGUACUGCAAUGUCACAGGGCCAGACUCAAAUGGAGAGGGUCCUUCCUGUGUAUUUCCAUUCAUUUAUAAUGGCAAAUCCUACAGUGCAUGUACCACUGAUGGCAUGAGUGAUGGGAAAUGCUGGUGUGCUACCACCAGCAACUAUGAUUUAGAUAAGAAGUGGAUGUACUGUAAUGACACAGGGCCAGAUCCAGAGGUAGAGAGUCCAACGUGUGUCUUCCCUUUCAUCUACAAGGGCCUAUCCUACAGCACAUGCACUUCAGAAGGCAUGAGUGAUGGGAAACUCUGGUGUGGCACCACGAGCAACUAUGAUGUGGAUAAGAAAUGGAUGUACUGCAAUGUGACAGGUAGUCAAUAA